CCACACACACUCUCACUCGCUCACACUCACCUGUUCCGCUCCCCCGCCCCCCUUGGCGACCUUAGUGCGACCGCUCCCGUUUCGUUUUUUUCGAUUCAGUUGCCGUUUUAACUUCGCCGCGCAAGAAGCGGGACUUUUAGCUCGCUCGUGGCAAAAACACUGCAGCGCUGCACUCUGAAUAUUUCGUGUCUUUGGCGCCAAUUUCGAAUCACAGUCCGCUGGCGGAUUAAACUGACCAACUAAAGAUUCCCUUCUUGCUCACGACCCCACGGACUUCCGUCUUCCCACGCCCCCGCGCUGUGACUCCCAUGGCAGCAAGCAAAUUUUCUAGUAAGCAGGCAACAACAAGCACACAUUUAGAUGCGACAUGUGCGAAAAUCAGUGCCUUUUACUUUGACCUGGACAACACGUUGAUUCCAACGCGGGCCGGCGACUCCAAGGCGAUCAGAAAGCUUUCGGAUGUUUUGGAGAGUCAGUACCAGUUUAGCAAGGAUGACGCCACACAGUCCACCCAGAACUUCCUAAAAGCGUUCCGCCGUUGUCCGGACAACUCGCAAACUUCGCUGGACUCGUGGCGUACUCAUCUUUGGCGAGAAUCACUCCCAGCACGCCACAAACACCUCGCGGAGCAGAUUUAUCCUCAGUGGCUGAGGCUGCGGUAUCGCUACUUGGCCAUUUCGGCAGACUAUGUCCAGCUGCUGUUGCGGAUGCGCCAGGCGGGCUACGCCCUGGCUCUCAUCACCAAUGGACCUUCGAAUGCUCAGUGGGAGAAGGUAGCCAAGCUGCAUGUGCAGGGCUACUUUGAUUGCGUCCUGGUCUCGUCGGAUCUGCCUUGGGAGAAGCCGCAUCCGGAGAUUUUCUAUGCCGCCUGUAACUUCCUAAACGUAAAGCCGCAGGAGUGUGCCAUGAUCGGCGACAAACUGGAAACCGACAUCAUGGGCGGCCACUUGGCCCAACUGGGCCUCACCUUCUGGACACCACUGAGCAAUAGCAGCUUGGCAGUGCAAUCGCUGGAAGAUGUUGAGUACAAACCGCACGUCAAGCUGGGUAAUCUGCUGGAGAUUUACAAGUACUUCCCGCGCCUGAAUGCCAUCGCUCCGUUGGACACGCCAUCCACCUCGAGACGGCGUGGCAGUCACAUGACCUCAAGCGGUCAGAGCAGUAGCAGCGGGAGCAGCUCCAGCUCAAGUUGCGAGCCGGGAACUGUGCAGGGAUACCAUCGUCACCAUCAGCAGAGGCAGUGGCUGUAUCGACGCGGGGUUUCUCUGCCCGCCAUGGAUUGCUCCAACAGCGAAGCGGAGAACAGCUGCGACAGCUUUCUCUAGAGAGCAGGGAGUCGGGAUCAAAAGGAUCGGGAGAAUGUCGAAAAAUGUACCUUCAGUUUACAAAACUAUAGCUAAAGCGGAGACCGAAGAAUGGAUGUAAUAACCACGGAUGGUCAAAGGACAGCCAACCGAAUUGGAAACGAAAGCAGGAAUUUAAAGUUCAACUAUAAACGGGAGGAGCCCGUAAUCACGGUGAAUCUCGAUAUCUGCCAUUAGACUAAAAUUAAGGCUAGCAAAACAGAAUCGGAACACAUAAACUACAGCAUACAAAUAGUGUAAACGAAAUAUGUAACUAGGGAAAAGCAAACCAAAUGUAUUUUUCUAAGCGAAUAUUGUGUCACAUAUUUUGUAAAUUGAUAUAACACGCAACUGAAAGUACGUCAAGGUAAACGCAAAACACGAAACACAAAACACAAAAAGUGAAACUCAGGCGAAGACCACAAACAUGAACCUAACGAGCAAAAAAACCGAAUCACUGAAAAAUCUGUAAUUGUUAUAGUUUAACCAUGGAUGUUCGUGAGUGUUAACUAUUGUCUUAGUCGUGCAGUCUCCGAAUUGUGGCAUAUUGUUAUUUGCAACCACCUAGUCCCUCCCCACUCACGCAUGCCCCUUUCUCUCUCACAAAGCCCAGGUUAUUCCGCACCCACGCGAACUGCAUCGUUGAUGAUAUAUGUAUGUAUAUGGCACAUAGCCAGCGUGCACUGUUGAUCAUGGAUAUGAAAAUAAAUGACACUGCGAAGCUAA